CCAACACGAUUGAACCACCGCCUCUCUCUUUCUUUUAUAAACCAAACCCUCGAAAAUCUUAUCAUCAAAACGAGACCCUCUCAAAAUCCAAAUCCUCUUCUCUCUUUCUCUCCUCUUAUAUAUAUACUCAAAACGAAAACCUAUAAAAGACUCUUGUUUUCAAACAUCCUCCCUCUUUUUCCCCUCUAUUUUCCCUCCAAAUUUUGUAGAUUUACUCCUUUAAAUACCCUAAUUUUUGUUUUGUUUUGUUUUUGUUUUUGUGAAAAAGUAGUUAAAUUUGAUUAGAUUUGGAUAAAAUUCGAUCUGUAUUUGUUUUGGGUAUUCUCUUCAUUUCCUCAAAAUUUUGUAUAUGUAAACUUUGAAAACCCUAAUUUUUUGAUACACAGAUUGGAUUUGAUUAGAUUUGGGUGAAAUUCGAUCUGGGUUUGGUUUUGCUUAUUUAGAGAAAAACCCAGAAUUUGUUUUGGGAAAAUUUGGGUUAUUUUGGGUAAUUUGGGUGAGGAACAAAUAAGAGAAUGGCAGAACAAGGUGGCUUGGAAGGGAGCCAACCUGUGGAUCUUUCCAAGCACCCAUCUGGCAUUGUUCCCACUCUUCAGAACAUUGUAUCAACUGUGAACUUAGAUUGCAAGUUGGAUCUUAAGCAAAUUGCACUGCAGGCGCGAAAUGCAGAAUACAAUCCCAAGCGUUUUGCUGCUGUCAUCAUGAGAAUCAGGGAACCAAAAACUACAGCUUUAAUUUUUGCCUCUGGGAAGAUGGUUUGCACUGGUGCUAAAAGUGAACAGCUGUCUAAACUGGCCGCAAGGAAGUAUGCCAGGAUUAUCCAAAAGCUUGGGUUUCCUGCUAAGUUUAAGGACUUCAAAAUUCAGAAUAUUGUUGGGUCCUGUGAUGUCAAAUUUCCUAUCAGACUUGAAGGUCUUGCUUACUCCCAUGGUGCCUUUUCAAGUUAUGAACCAGAACUCUUUCCCGGUCUGAUAUAUCGAAUGAAACAACCAAAGAUUGUGCUUCUUAUUUUUGUGUCAGGGAAGAUUGUGAUCACCGGAGCUAAGGUGAGAGAUGAGACAUACACAGCCUUUGAGAAUAUAUAUCCUGUCCUUACGGAGUUCAGGAAGAGCCAGCAAUGAUAUACCUUUGAAUGGGACUUCGACUUGGUUGUGGAUAGUUGGUUUUCCUCUGCCAUUGGUGUUUUGGAGUUGGAUUUUAAGUGUGAAUAUAUGAAGAAUGGGCAUUCACAACUGGCUUUUUGGCUAUGGUUGUUGCAUGGGGUCUUCUUUUUCCUUAAUUAGUAAUUUAGAAGGGAGAGCAAACUGAAAGAAACAUGUUCAGGUUUCCUGUUUCUGACAUUUUACUUUCAAUUACAAUAAAAGUUUUUUUAUUGC